AUGUCAGACCAGAAGUCGAAGUUCAGUCACUUGCCCCGCGCAACGGCUGGACCUCUCCCCUGUCCCUACCAGGGAGCAUCUGUACUGCAAACAUCACAGUUUAACAAAGGAUCUGCUUUCCCAACCCAUGAGCGAUCCGCUUUCAAACUGCAUGGCUUCCUCCCACCCAACAUACAGACACUGGACGAGCAGGUUCAACGUGCCUAUCAGCAAUACAGCAGCAGAGCAGAUGACCUAGCCAAGAACACUUUCUUGUCUAGCAUGAAAGCACAGAACGAGGUGCUCUACUACAAGCUUGUUCAAACACAUUUAAAGGAGAUGUUCAGUGUGAUCUAUACUCCUACCGAGGGCGAUGCAAUCCAGAACUAUUCGCGACUGUUUAGAAAACCCGAGGGUUGCUUCUUGAACAUAAACGACCAGGAUCGUAUUGAAGAAAGUCUCUCCUCAUUUGGAAUCGGUGAUGAUAUUGACUACAUUGUAGUCAGCGAUGGAGAAGAGAUCCUAGGUAUCGGAGACCAGGGCGUUGGUGCCAUUCUCAUCUCGGUCGCAAAACUUGUCAUCACCACGCUUUGUGCUGGGAUUCACCCAUCACGCCAACUACCGGUUGUUUUAGAUUGUGGAACAGAUAACGAAGAACUUCUCGCCGACGAACUGUACUUGGGUCUGCGGCAGCACCGUGAAAGAGGAGAAAAGUAUGAUCAGUUUGUGGAUCGAUUUGUGCAAGCUGCUCGCAAGCGGUUCCCCAAGGCCUAUAUCCAUUUUGAGGACUUUGGAUUGAGCAAUGCACGAAGAAUCCUCAACCGCUAUCAGUCACAGAUCCCAUGUUUCAAUGAUGAUAUCCAAGGAACAGGAUGUGUCACUCUGGCUGCCAUGCUGGCUGCACUUGAAGUGAGCAAGGUUCAAUUGGAAGAUGUCCGGGUCGUGAUUUUCGGAUCAGGCACUGCCGGUAUUGGCAUUGCAGAUCAGAUCGCCGAGACUAUCGCCACUGAAACACAGAAGUCGAAGGAUGAUGCAUCGAAGCAAAUAUGGUGUAUCGAUAAGCCAGGCCUUCUGGUAAAGUCUCUUGAUCAGAAAUUGACCGACGGACAGCGAUCUUUCGCACGAGACGAUCAAGAUUGGACAGAUAAUGAUCGAGACUUGCAGUCGGUUAUCAAGAAGGUCCAACCACACGUUCUCAUCGGUACAUCUACGAAACCUGGCGCAUUUACCGAGGAUGCAAUUCGUGAGAUGGCCCGCCAUGUGGAAAGACCUAUCGUUUUCCCUCUGAGCAACCCUACCCGACUCCACGAGGCAAAGCCCGAUGACCUUUACAAAUGGACAGAAGGAAGAGCCCUCGUUGCCACAGGCAGCCCAUUCGACCCUGUGAAAUACAAUGGCACUGAAUACGAGAUCGCUGAAUGCAACAAUUCAACAUGUUUCCCGGGCAUUGGUCUUGGAGCAGUCCUCUCUCAAUGUCGGCUGAUGUCCAAGAAGAUGCUUGUCGCUGCCGUUGAGGCACUCAAAGCAGAGUCACCGGCCCUGAAAGACUCCAACAAACCAUUACUCCCCGAUGUUCAAAACGUACGCAAGAUCAGUGUGAAUAUUGCGGCCGCUGUGAUCAGAUGUGCGGUGGAGGAAGGGCUCGCACAGCAAGAGGGAAUUCCCGAGAAUGAGUCGGAGCUGCGGGAAUGGAUUCAAGCCCAAAUGUGGGAGGCGGGCUAUAGGCCUCUUGUUAGUGAGUAA